AUGAGCCCUUCUGGAGAGAAGCGCGUCGUGUUUCAGGAACAUGGAUCGGAAGAGAGCGACGACGACGACACUACGAGCUUAGAGGUCACCUUUGACCCCUCCAACCCAUAUCGACGCAAGAGCUCGCUCGUUUCCUCCGAAGCCAUCAAGCCAACGCCACAUCACCGCGCGAAACGAGACGAAUGCAUCGUUCAUCAGUUUUUCGAAUCGCAGCGCAAAGCCCAGGGCGCGACCGGCGGGAACGGCAGCACCCACUACCUGGCGCAUCAAGUCUACAACCAACCCGAGAAACAGCAGGAGCAGGCCAAUGCCACCGAAGCAGCUAAGCACGAUGCCGAGUCGACUGUCGAGCCCAAGGAAAAGCCGGUAAAAUCAAAAUGCGAGGUGUUGGCCGAUGGCCACGCCGGUCAGUCAGACCAGCAGUCGUGGACAUCGCACAUGACACAGAGCAUGUCGGAAACGGACCUCAGCGCCUCCGACGAUGUGCAUAGCCGCACGCUGACCAAGAAGCAGUUGAGCGACAUGGCGUGGGGUGUGCGUGAGCUGAGCAGACGCCUCAGCAGCAUGCGAAUCCGCUUCCGCGUCAAGACAGUCUUCUUAUUGACAAAGGUGUACGACCAAGACCUGAUACCCAAGACAAGAGAGCUCACGCUCUGGCUGCUGGAUAGAAGCAGAGACGUGAAAUACACAGUGUACAUUCAGGACAAGCUCAAGAACAACAAGAAGUUUGACGUGCAGGGGUUGAUGGAAGCGGCCGCCAAAAGCUACGUGGCGGCGGGGGAGAUGGACCACGAACAGGCCAUGGACGACAUUAGCAGACGAUUGCGGUACUGGGACGAACCCAUGUGCAAAUCGCGACCGCAGACAUUCGACUUUGUCAUCACGCUGGGCGGUGACGGGACCGUGCUGUACGCCAGCUGGCUCUUUCAGCGCAUCGUGCCGCCGGUGCUCAGCUUCGCGCUCGGCAGUCUGGGAUUCCUGACAAAAUUCGACUUUGAGAAUUUCGCGCCCACGCUCAACUCCGCAUUUGCCAAUGGCGUGACUGUCAGUCUACGGCUGCGCUUCGAGGGGACCAUUAUGCGCAGCCAGCGAAACGCGGAGCUCGAGCCUGCGUCCUCUUCGUCCGAGGACGAGGGAAAGGUGCGCGAUCUCGUGGAGGAGCUCAUCGGCGAGGAGAGGGAAGACGCGCGCACACAUCGCCCCGAUGGGACCUUUGAGAUCUUGAACGAGAUUGUAGUGGAUCGAGGGCCGAACCCGACAAUGUCCUCCACAGAGCUCUUUGGCGACGACGAGCAUUUCACGUCCAUCCUCGCCGACGGCAUCUGCGUCUCGACACCCACCGGCUCGACGGCCUACAACCUCGCCGCGGGCGGAUCGCUCUGCCACCCCGAGAACCCCGUCAUGCUCGUCACUUCCAUCUGCGCCCACACACUCUCCUUCCGGCCCAUCAUCGUGCCGGACACCAUUGUGCUGCGCGUUGGCGUUCCCUACGAUGCGCGCACGUCCUCAUGGGCCAGCUUUGACGGCCGGGAACGCCUCGAGCUCAGGGCUGGCGACUAUGUCACGAUUAGCGCCAGCCGAUAUCCCUUUGCUUCUGUGCAGUCGGAGGGCAGGAGGAGCGAGGACUGGAUCAACAGUAUCAGUGGGAAACUCGGUUGGAAUACGAGGCAGAAGCAGAAGGUAUACACGGAGUGGAAGUCAUAA